AAUACAUGUGUUCCAAAUAUAAACUUCACUAAAAACUUUUGCAUCGCUUUGUCAUAAACAAUCAGAAAAGUUUGUUUUGUGCACUACUGAAAUCUCGUUCAUAAAUUCAUAAUAAUAAUCAUCAACCUUUCAUUGUACGUAACUACUGGAGAACCUCUUAAACUUCGAAGAUGAAGCUGUAUAUUUUUAAAAGGAGAGUGUAUAAAUAAUUUGUGUACAGAUUUAAUUUUGUUGUGUAAUGUUUUAAAUAACCGAUGUUUUUGUUAUAAUUUUACACCGCAAAUAUGAAGUUUCUACUUAUUUUGUGUUGUGUUUCUACUCUAGUAGAUGCUUACGAUAAAGCUUCCUUUUACGGCGCCAGUUAUAUUUCAUAUCCCCUACAAGAGGCUAAAGGGGUGACAGAUAUAAGUUUUAGAUUUAGAACCCAUUUAUCUGAUGCUCUGUUGCUGCUUGCGGCUGGAAAAACGGACUAUUGCAUGAUUCGUUUGGAGAGUGGAAGACUCAAGCUCCAUAUCAACUUGGGUGCAGGGGAGAGUGAGCUGUCAUCACCAAAAAGUAUACAUCUGAAUGAUACACAGUGGCAUCACAUUACCAUCAUCAGAAGGGAAGCAAAUCUUACGCUGAAGGUCGACGACAAUAUUGUGAAGAAGAGAUUGCCAGGACGUUUCUUUGAGCUAAACAUACAUUUUGGGAUUUUUCUUGGUGGGCAAGGUGACUUCUCUGAACUGUUCCUUGGUCAUAUGGAGAAUUUCCGUGGAUGUAUGGAAGAUGUGUUUUACAAUGGCGUGAAAAUUAUAGAAAAAGCUCGAAGCCGAAGUACUUCUGUUCACGUGGAAGGUGUUACGUGGAACUGUGCGCCAGAAUUCGACGCUGAUCUGAACUCUGACAUAAGUUUCGUUGACGAAGGAGCUUACAUGAUUUUACCGAAAAUAAGCUCGCGAGCGGGUGGGAGAUGGCAAAUAGAGUUCAAAACGAUAGCACCUAACGCUAUGGUGUUGUACAACGCGGGGGCCGGUCGAGGUGACUUUUUGGCCGUUGAAAUCUUGCAAGGCGUCGUCCGGGUUAAGUUGGCGCGGGGUCAAAUCCUACACACCGAGAAGGUUAACGAUGGCCAGUGGCACAAACUGCACUUGCUGUUCAACCCGUCGUUGAUCGAGCUAUCGAUUGACAACAUUGCGAUGAGCACACGUAUUGAGAGCGGCGGCACGCGAUACUUAGAUCUGUCCGACACUUUCUAUCUCGGUGGCAUCGAGAACAACAAACGGCAGCGAGCGUUCGCUAAAGGAGUUAAAGCAGCCGACUCCAGCAUUAUGGGUUGUAUCAAGCCAAUCGAAGUGGAUGAUAAGAUAUUUGGACUGCCGAACGCGGUAGUGACAUGCGGGGUGACUCCCAAAUGUGUCUGGUGGUACCCCUGCCACUCAAGCGUCAGUCCGCCGUGCCAACCGAAAGCGACUUGCGAGCAACACGGCGUUGACCAUUUCACCUGCAAAUGCGACAGUGAUCUCUGUAUCAACCCUGACUAUGCUGAGAAAUAUAAGGUAUUUUCAAAAUCCAGCAGCGAAUUAGAACUGGUCGCUUUAUACCCGCUGACAGUGCAAGAGGGAGGUGUUUCUGUUAUAACAACACAGAAUAUUGACGUUAUAUUAGACCAUCACAAGUACGGCGUGAGACCUUCUGGCGUGCUGCUGCACGUGGCGAAGAAACCUCAGUACGGCAGGAUCGCUGUAGACCUCACGUCGCUGAGAAUCUCCCCGCAGUACACCAAUUACGUGGAUGGUGAGAAGUCCAAGCAAUUCUUCACCUUGAUGGACCUAUCAAGGGAUAAGGUUCGGUACGUUCACGACGGUUCGGAGAAUCACCAAGAUGCCAUCGUCCUCGAAAUGGAGCUUAUUCCAGAGACAAAGUUCACUCUACCGAGCUACCUGCAGGGGCGCAAUACGUUCGUGCUACACGUCAACGUGACACCUGUCAACGACCCGCCCGUGCUGAAUUUAAUGUCGGGAAAAGUGCUCCGAUUGACUCAGGGAACGCGUAAAGUGAUAACUUCAGCUAUUCUUAAAGUGGAGGAUCCAGAUACGUCGCCGGCUGACUUGCUCUACACUGUUAUACACGGAAAGGGUGAGGCAAAUAGUGGUCACAUAGAAUUGUCUGGGCAACCAGUGGACACAUUCACGCAGCAAGAUAUAGACGCUGGCCUUGUAAGCUUCGUGCAUGGCUCUCCUACCGACAAACAGCUAAACAAGACAUCGCUGCGACUUACUCUGCAGGUAUCAGACGGCAUAGAGACUAGCACUCCGGGUGUGCUGCGUAUAUCAGUGAUGCCACUGCAGAUGCGUCUGGUCAAUAACACGGGACUGCAGUUAGUUCACAAUUCGUACGCAUUAAUCACUGCAGAGAAUCUGACAUUCGCGACCAAUGCGGAAGAAACUAGCGUGCAUGUCAAAUAUGACAUCGUGAAACCGCCGCAGUUUGGUGUUGUCGAACGUCUCAGAGUUUUGGAUGGCACCUGGCAGACCGUAGACUCAUUUACCAGCGAGAUGGUCGCGUUUGGUCGCGUACGCUAUAUGCAUCUACUGGGAACUCCGACGCAUGACGAAUUCAAGUUCAAAGCCUCUGUGGGGUCGAUCCGAACGAACACUUUAUACGAUUUUCGCUUAACAUUUAUAAAACUAGAACUGUAUCAAACCACGAACGAGGAACUUUUACUGAAUAAUACUAGAGAAGCCUUCAUCUCUUCCAAGCACCUGAAGUUCCAAACGAGACCGCUUAUGCAGACCGCGGAUAAGAUAACGUUCACUAUUCUGAAAGCGCCUAAGUACGGAAUACUCCAUUUGUCCUCCGGCAAAAACCAUUUACAAGUCCCUGAUACAUUUACUCAACAGGAUAUCAAUACAGACCAACUGUGGUACAGAUUACACCGAAGAGCCUACUCUCAUAUACAAGAUGAGUUCACUUUUGUUGCUAGCGCUGCUGAAUGCGAAAACAUUACUGGUGUUAUGACAAUACGUCACGCUCCGGGGCCGGCUUUAUUGGAACAUCCAUCUGGAAGGUUCCAUACGACCUUAGAGCGGUUACAAGUCACAGAAGGUUCUAGAAUGGUUAUUCCGGCGACUCAUCUCAAUUUUCAAACGGACGAUGUGACUAAUCUCGUUUUCAAUAUCACUCAUCUGCCAAAACACGGCAAAAUCGAGGUGAUAGGGGAUAGUUUGAAAGUCGUACGGGAAAAUACAACGUAUUUCACACUGCAAGAGUUGAAUUUCGAUCAUGUUUAUUAUGCACACGAUGAUUCAGAAAGCAAACAUGAUUCUUUCCAUUUCAUGGCCCUCAGUCCGGAGCCGGAAGACUUUCAGUACGUUGGAGUUUUCCACAUUGACAUAAUUCUCAAAAACGACAAUAGCCCACUCCGGGCUAGUGAAUAUGUAUUCCACAUCGUACACGGCGGAGCAAGACUUAUCACUUCACGUGAUUUAAGUUACUCCGACGCAGAUUUAGAUACGAAACCUUCUGAUAUAGUGUACACAGUGCAGAGAUUUAUCAAAGACCCACCCAACGGCGGUAUAUAUAGAGCUGAUAACCCUUCAGAGCAAAUAGCACAGUUCACACAAGACGAUAUUAAUAAGAAUCUAGUGUUGUUUAAACAUCAAGGAAAAGAAUAUGGGAAAUUGUCUUUCUGGGUAUCGGAUGGGUUGUUCGAUGUGAAUGGCAAUUUGGAAGUGCAAGCGUCGCCUCCAUUUAUAAGGAUGAUUCCCACUAACGGGUCCAUAGUUCAAGUUGGGAUGGGAGUUAUUAUUACGAGUAAGGAAAUGCAGGUUGACACAAAUAUGAAUUGUCUAGAAGAAGAUAUCCGUUACGAAGUAAUACAGGAACCCAAGCACGGGUUCAUUGAAGUGGGAGAGGGCAUUGGUGAUGUUACAUUCACACAGUUGGAUAUCGUAGCUGGUAGAGUUUCAUAUAGGCACCGGGAUCCUAACACAUCAAAUGAUGCAAUUAGAUUCAAGGUGAUGUGCUUGGAGGCUUGGGGCGAGGGAAUAUACCCCAUAAGAAUAUAUCCCUCCAGCUAUUGGGAACCCUUGAAAGUGACGACUAACAAACCGCUGUUCGUCGAGGAAUCAACGAGCGUCAAUAUUACCAAGGACGUUCUCGAGAUAAUGCACCCGCAAAUUGAGCCUUCAAAUAUCGUGUACCAGGUUACAGAAGGGCCGUAUUUCGGAUGGUUAGAAAUAUCUACAGUGCCAGGCAUAAUCGAAGUCGAGAACUACGAAGAGCCUGUAUUAACCAAAAUGUUCGACCAAUCAAUUAUAAACUCGAACAAACUGAUCUACGUUCAAUCGGGAGUUAAUCGUACCAAAGACAAAAUCAAAAUGGAUGUCACCAAUGGCAUUGUUUGGUUGACAUCUGUGGAGCUAACUGUUAUUAUAAUACCGGAGCAUUACUACGUCACGGCGCUGAAUGUGACUGUACUUGAAGGUGAAUCUACAAGCUUAAAGCAGGAUUUGUUUCAAAUUGCGACUGAGUAUUAUAGAGGGAAGGUAGUUUUAUAUAAAUUGAUUCGGAAGCCGAAGUUCGGGAAGGUACUCAUGGGCGAACAGGAGUUAACUGUACUACCGGUAUUGAAGCUUAACUCAGGAAAUAUACAGUACGUUCAUGAUGGUUCCGAGGAGACUUUAGACGGAAUGGAAUUAGUCGCUGUGUCUGAGAACGGGAAGGAAAGUGAGCCGUUUAGUGUGACGAUCAACAUUGCAGCUGUCAACGAUGAGCCCCCCAUCGUGGCUGCCAAUACUGGUCUAUGUGUGUGGGAGGGGGGAACAUUUAUAUUCACCCGGAAUGAACUCUAUGUGAACGACAUAGACACGCCAUCCGAAAAUGUGAUAAUUCGAAUCGUGGAUAUAGUUUCAGGGUAUAUUGCUAUGAAAGAUAAUCUAGAAUCUCCCGUAAACCACUUCACUCAAGCAGAUAUAGACCAAAGCAGGGUCGCUUUCGUGCAUACAAAUGGCACAAAAGGAAAAAUGAUAUUCAAUGUUACCGAUGGUGUACACGACCUAUCCAAAAUUACAUUUUUGAUAACAACGAAAACAGUUACACUCAAGAUAGCUAGAAAACACACAUUGCGAGUGUUUCCGUUGAUGAGAGAGCCUAUUAACAACUACCAUGUGAUGGCAAAAUGUUCAGACCCUUCCAGAGAUAUUUUGUUCAAAGUCGAAAGAGCACCGACGCUUGGAAGAAUUGUAAUGAUAAGCGGCGAUAAUUCCCAUAGAUCUAUUAAACAAUUCACUCAGCUGGACAUAAAUAAAACAAUCGUUUAUUACGAACACACUCAUCCAUUCUCUGAUUUAAACACGAACGACUCCUUCGUGUUUAGCGUCGAAGCCGCCCUGGCGAAGCCGGUUACUGAUCAAGUCUUUAAUAUCGAUAUAUCUGUGUCUUCCGGUGGCCUGGCCAAAUAUGUACACAUACCACAAAUUAAAGUUCCCGAAGGUGGCACAGUUCCGAUGGUUAUCAACGUGACUAACGUUAUUCAGUAUUUAGAGACUCAAGCUGCGGUUCGACAACCUCAAGUAGAAGCACAAUGGUCUCAACCAACACACGGUGUCCUAGACCCGCCACUGUCAACAUUAACACAGUCUCAGUUAGAAUCUGGCUCAGUUAUCUACAAACACGAUGAUACAGAUACGUUAAAAGAUGAACUCGACAUGGCAUUAUAUCUGCUUCCCGAUUAUGUUCUGCUCUGUAACGUUACUAUACCUAUAACCGUCAUACCGGUGAACGAUCAACCGUUUAGGUUGCAAACCGAUACCCCACAAAUACAAGUCGUGCAAGGAGAGAAUUAUACAAUAACCAGGCUAGACCUACUAACGGAGGACGCUGAUACCGACCCUUCAGGAAUUCUGUAUGAUAUUAUUAGCGGGCCCACUCAAGGUAGAAUAGUGCUGGUCGACAAAAACCAGACGAUCGACGAGGCGCCGUCUAUCAACAAGUUCACACAGGAAGACAUUAAUAAUGAAAAAGUUAUGUAUGAACAUUCGGGGGUACUACAAACGGCUACUUUUUACUUCCGCGUAUGGGACGGCCAGUUCAAACCGACAUAUACAGUGUUUACAAUAGACGUAGUGCCGGUUAUGUUGAAUGUCACUUCGUUAUUUCCAAUAGAGCUACAACAAGGGUCUAAUGUAGCUACGGUGACGACGGAACAAAUUCACCUAGAGACGAACGCAAGGAAGUCUAAAGUAUGGUACAAUAUAACCAGACAACCAACCCACGGGAUGGUUUACGUGGGUAGAAAUCCUGCCAUGUACUUCUCUUAUACCGACCUGGUGGACAAAGUUGUUAUUUACAUGCAAAACGAUAUGACCGUCGCGAACGAUAGCUUUGAGAUGAUAGCGUACGUUUACAACAGUAACUCCACGCAGCCGUUCUCGAUAGACGUCACGGUACAACCCUUGAUGGAUUUGAGCGAUUUAGUUAUUGAAGGAAUUAAAACCAAAGUUACACUUAAUAAUUUGGACGCGACCGAACUUGCGAAAUUGACUGCCAGCGAUCCCGUGUACACGAUAAUAUCUAAACCAAAGUAUGGUGCAAUUAAAAAAAUAAUUAGGAGUUCUGGCGAAAAGACGACUGCUAGAGAAAGGGAGAUAGCAUACUUCACACACGAAGAUGUUAAAGCUGGAUUGAUUUAUUACGUGACAAAGAGGAGGCUAUAUGAAUACAAAACUAUCGAAGAUGAGUUUACUUUUCUUUUAGCUGCAACAAUAUUUCAACCAGCUUCGGGUACUGUUAAGGUUGUGCUCGGCAAAGCGCUGCGUAACAGUCUCCCAGGUCCCAACGAUCCAGAGAGCCAUGAAGACGUUCCUAUGUCAGGUGCAUCAAGAUCCUACUACAUGAUUAUCAUAUUGGCCCUUUUAGGAACAAUACUAGCUGUAAUCGUGAUUGUCGGUAUACUUAAGUGUCGCCGAUACACGGCUAGGGAUCAAAACGCUAUCGUUAAGAUCCAUGGUCAAAGUCCAGGUGCUGUCGCUCCAAUACCGUUACCGAGACCACCUGAUCACUUGAUGCCUUCACCUACGCAAGGAACGCCGCCAAUCAAAAGAUACGUGUCUUCGGACCAGUCCGUGAACACGGGUGCUAGCACACCUUUGCAUUCAGCUGGAAGCGUGGCAUGCAAGGUGACCCAGCUCGCGGAGGGUUUGCCUGACCUGAAUGCCAGAUACCCAUACGGCACCGAUGAUCACACCGAUGCGGAGGACUGGAGUAGCUAUGAAGCGAGCGAGUCUGCAUAUCCGGUUCGUGGUGGAGCUCCCUCCAACCCGAUGUUGCGGCGCAACCAAUACUGGGUCUGACCCACGUAUAGCCACUCUCUGCCGAAGCGACCCAAACCUGUUUCGUUCGUGUUCAGCGACGAGAUCGGGGGUCCUCUCAAUAGAGAAACGCCUGAUAGGCACGGCAUAGAAUUAGUUCCUACACCAUUUCUACUGAGUAAUUAUAAAAACCCAACCAAGGUUUCCAAAUACCCGAGCUGUGAAAUCACACUGUAAAUUCAACCGUAGGUAGGUAUCGUUUACAACGGAGUACCACCACACAAACUACGUUUAACCACAGAAAUAAGUCAAGAUAGAACGGUGUGAAAUGCUUAUAGUAAUUUUACGUAAUAUGGGUUGCUUUUCUAUACACUUAUUAAGAAACAGAUCUAGAGAACAGCCGUUUGCUACGUACAGAUUGCACGGUUGUAAACUGUAAAGAUAAAGUUAUGGAUCCUAUUAUAUAAAAGGAGACAUUUUAUAUUAUCAGUAAGUAUUUUACCAUGACCCAUACAGCCCAGUACCUAUACUGCCCACUGAGCUAGAGGUACAGGGUUCUAAUCCGGGUAGGCAAGUAUUUAUAUAAUGAAUAUGAAUAUUUGUUUUCAUAAGUAAGUCAUGGAUAUAUGUAUUUAUGUAUGUUUUAUGUAAUUUUUGUUUGUCGAUAUUAUUAUUAUUUAAUUUCAAUAAAACUAAAUUUAAUAAGAAAUCAAAUACCACCGACCCUUUAAGCUCGUCAAGUAUAAAUUUAAUUUAUCUUUUACAUCUUCACUAAGCAAGAAAUCCAUGACUUUGCCUAUAUAAUUCGCAUAUAAAUUAGCACAAAUAAAACAUGGAUUGAAUAUCACAUAUUUAUAUGUAAACUCUUGUGAGUUUCGGUUCUGCGCUCGUCUGUUAAAUACAUUACACGCGCGAAACGUAGUACUUUUAUUGAAAUCGUUCUAUAUCGAAUUAUUUUUGUGGUGUUUAAAUGUCAACACGAAAGAUUAUCCUUCACUGUUCUCACACAUGUUACACUCUAAUGUGAAUCAAUUAAGUGCAUUGAUAAAUACGAAUGAAAACAUAUUUUGUCUAACGAAUAUAUCUUUGUAUAACACUUGGAAUAUUACGAAUUGUUAAAAGCCGCAAUGCGAUGUAAUCGUAGUUCUAUGGCGGUCACUGUUAACAUCAUAAAUGACCAACAUUUACGCGUAACGCGCGAGUUGAAUGCAGAGAUCAGGAAUACGAUAGUGCUGUGACCUAAUUAUAAUUUAUAACGAUAAUCCUGAGUGUGUCGAUAAAUUUAAACAAUGCUUUAAGUUUACCAUUUUAAUAUAAUAAUUUUAUAUCAAAUUAUUAUUCUGCCGUCUUGCCUUCUGUUGAACACACAUGUCUAUAACAGUUUUCGACAUUUUUCUUUCUUUGCGAUGAAUAAAAACUCGUUUACUUUGGAACCGAACCUGAUGGACGGAUCAGUUAUUAUUAAAAUGAAAAAAAAAAUCGCAACUUUAGUAUUAAGGUGAUAACACGGUAAGCGACAACUACGGCACAGCACUACUCUGUAGACGUGCGCUGUGAGGCGUGCGGGGGGAGAUGUUUCACCCCAGGCCCCGACUGCAUUCAACUCACGAGUUCUCUGUACUUGUUUUGUAACUUAUGUCGAUAAAAUACCAAAUAAUGAUCAUGGACUUUUCAAUAAGGGUUAGAUUUCUCUAUUAGUAGGGGACUCGUAAUUAUCAUGUCAAGUACCAUCAACCCUUUUUGUGUGAAUCUUCAAUUAGAUUAGUGCCAACAUACAUGAUACAUUGUCGCUAGGUAAACAAUGUAAAGAUUAUACACGAACUUACACGAUAGUAUUAUUGUGCCAAAGAAGUUGUUAUUUAAUGAGUAAAGUAGAAAUAUUGAUUGUGGUGUGAUCGUGGUAUUGUUCGUCACCUAUUUCUAUUCACCUUUGAUACCAAUCCUGACGUUAAAGAUAUCGUUAUAACAUCUAUUACCGUACCUUUUCGUGGCUUGUGUCCACAUUUAUCGAACUCGGCUAUUUAAUUAUGGAAAGACAGAAGAAGAAAUUAUGGAAGAAAGAGACUAUUCGUCGAUUAUUUAAAUUGCAUCAGUGAUUCAUGAUUGAAACAUUUAUUUGAUGUUAGUAAGUUUUUUAAGGUAGUUUUUUAGGUUGGUACAAUUUGAUAGCUAGGUCCGUUAGAGUUAUGGAAAAAAGACUACAGUUGGAAGGAUUAUUACCCUCAUGUCAUGUCAAGUGUUUGUUAACGUUAUUAAAACAAAUUCGUGUGCGCCUUGAGUGAGAACGUGCCGAUUUUCAACAAGUCUGAAUCUGUUUGGAGUGCGAAGUGUCCUUCAUUUGUUCCGAGCAUGUUUCUACGCGACGUUCUGUACACUUACGAGUUAUUUACGCGAGCUGAGUUGUGUCUUAUACACAAGCCCUCGAAUUAAUCGCUCAUCUUAUGCGAAAACUCUGUCAUCAACUAAAUUCUGUAAAUUAUUAUUUUUUUUAAUUGAUCCUUUUAAAGACAUGUCUCAUAUGAACUCAGUAGAGCAGCAUAUUCAAGAUUCUACAUUUACUACGUGGAUCAAGUAAAAUACCCCGGUUCACAUAAAAUUUAUUCGAUAAUCUAAUUGUAACAUUUGUAAUUUUUUUUUGUAUGCGGUAGAGAGUAGAGUUUAUAGGAACGACAAUUGGUUUUUAGAGGCAGAAUUAGUUUUGUUUAGCCAUAUAUUAUUGUAUAACGAAAAAGCGCCGCUCGUGUGUAACUAGCCUAUUUAGGUAACUAGCCUUCGUGUGUAUAAACCAAUGAAGUUGGCGAAAGCUGAACUUAUUUUGGUUAGCUAUUGUGUGCUAUGAAAUAUGUCUGCAAAUAUAUUUCUGAAUAUUACAAGCCAAAUAUAGUGCCAAAUAUAUAUUCUUACAAAAUAAGUCACCCACUCAACUAUUAAUUAUAUCAAGUUAAAAUUAUUUAAGUUAGUUAAUAAUUCUAUUAAUUUUAAUGAUUUUAUCUCGUUAAGAAAGCUUAAUAUAUAGUUUAUCAUAACUGGUUAUUAUAUAUACAGCGAAUACAAUACAGGGUUGAAUUUUAUUGCCAAAUACCAAAACCAAAAUUGACAUACCACUUGGUAUUUUGUUAUAGUCAUUGAGUUGCUUUAUUACUAUUCUAAUGUUCCAUUUUUAUUUGUAAUAAUAAGACUUGCAAUGAAAUAUAGAAUGGUAUAAUUCCCGCGCGUUAAGAAUGGGACAGGCGCCAUCUUGGCUACGUCAUGGUAGUCAAUACCUGAUAUAAAUAUAAUUUCUAAAUGAAUGGCUUUAAAAACUGUAAAUUAUGUUGAAGUCUGUUAAUAAAAGUACAUGAUACACCGAAAUUACUCUGACAUUUAUUAUUAUUCAAGAUAAUUUUGUUUAUGAUUUCUUUGUUUACUUUCUAAAGCUCUAGUACCGACAAAGCUCAUUGGUUUGCAAUUCGAACUUCAGUUUGUUACAGAUAGGCACAUUAUGAUUAAUAUCUGAAGUGACGCGAGGAAAUUCGCUAUUUGUUUAAUAAUUAUAGUCGGCGAAAAGUUUAUUGUUAACACACCAGAUGGAGCCACCGUUGUUGGUAAGAAAAGUCUAUCAAAUCUUAGAAAUACAUUUUGCUUUGUUCUGUAUAAUUACACACGUUAUAAUAAUUAUUAUUAAUAUUUGAGAAUAUUCAGUUUGAAAUGUGUGUACACGGAUGUUUUAUUGCGAAAUGUUAAAAUGUAUUUCUUUGAUUUGCGAGUUACAUUUACAGUUUAAAUUUGUUCACAGUUUGUAUGCAAGCUAAAAAUAUUUAAAUUUAUAUCAUGUUGACUUCUUUCAGUUUAAUUAAAACUACAAUUUCCUUUCUUUAGCUUUGUGUUAUGAUAACUUCUUAUUAAUAUUAUUUUAUAUAGUAUUGUAUGCGGUGGUUCCCUGUAAGUUUAUCUAAGAUGUUGUCUGUAUUAGAUGGUAACAGUAUAAAAAAAAGAUUUUACUCUUAGUCGGACGCUAGAGAUUUUAGCUAGAAAAUUUGAAAAUGAAAUGUUGCUUAUUGUUAGUAAGGUGUGGUAAUAGGAAAGAAAUUGUAUUUUCCAUCAGCAUUAUGGGAACCUCCGUUCAUUUGCUAAAGUCAGUGUACACAUUGUUAAAAUAUAACUAAAUAAAUUAUAUUAUUGUAUUGUUCGGAUGCCAAUAUCGUUGCAGUUCAUUUAAAACUUCUAUGAAAUGUACUAAUACAUAAUAAUUGUAAUGUUAAAUUAUAUCUAAAACAUUUAAACACAGACAGACACGUCGAGACAUACAAAAACUGCGUAUUUAUUACGUAUUUUAAUUAACAAGCGCUUUAGUUUAGCAACUAAAACCGGUAAUAUUAUGAAUCCGAUACUUCAUAAUAGUAUUGCACUGGAGUUUGGCACGCGACACUCUCGCGCUAUCUAUCUUGAUAUGGAACUGAAAACAACCAAUAUUGUUAAUAAAUAUGUUGAAAAGACAGAUUUGAACUGAAUUAUUUCUAGUAUUAAUGUUUACUCAUUGUGAAUGUAUGAUAAUGUAUGGUAACAGGUGCUGUUCUUCGGUUCACACUGUCUAAUACUAUACAAUAUAUACUACUGGAUGUUUUAAUAUUAAUUGGUCACUUAUUUCACUAGUGUUACUUACAAUAUAUUAUAUUUAAUAUAAAUCUAAUGUGGGAUAGUAACCAAACUUAUUAACCCAAUGCAAAAUGUGCAGUAUGUUAUCAUAGUAUUGGAGUUAAAUUAUUGUAAUAAGGUAAAUAUAAGGUACUUAAGUAAUGAUAAAACAAAAUAGCUGUAAAAGCAAGUCAUGAACAGAAUAUGUACAUUUUCUGUUUUCUUUAAUAUGUAUGUUAGCGUAGUUUCUGAUUUAAGUGUAAAUGUACUUUAAAAUAUCUUGAUGUGAAAGCUCUUCGAUUCCUAUUAAUUCCAUUAUUUGGAUGUUUUGAAAGCAAUAAAUGUUCAAAUUCGGAAGGGAUAGUUUUAAGAAUGGAAAUUUAUUGGUUCUUUCAAUAAUAAUUAACGAAUUUUAAUAAAUAAUGCAAUUUUAUGAAAA